AUGUUAUACAUAGAGCAGUGGUGGAACACGUUCAUAUUCCGCGCAGGCAAAGGAAAAGAGAUCAGCGUGGAUGACUUUGUUUUGAUCCUGUUGGCUGAUUAUAAGAAAGACAAGACAGGCUUUAAAGAUAGCACGCAAAAGUGUUUCGAAAAGGUUUUCGACGUCAUAGACAUGGAUAAGGGCCGCACGAUUGAUCUCGACGAAUUUGUGUUUGCUAUCAGAGCGUUUGGUCACGAGAACGGGGCUGUCCUGAAAUCCGUGUUCGAUUCGUUGGGGCAAAAGAAAGGUCAUAUGAAAAAGCUAGUGGAUUCCUGGAUCCAAUUCGUGUGUGAUGAAGAUAAAUCUAAAAAGGAUGUGUUAUUGGACGCUUUUUAAAAAAGGAAUGUAAAUAAUUCCUAUGCAAUAAACCAUUCAUGAUUGCACAGUUAAUGAAUAAUCACCUUUAUCACUCGAAGGAAAUAAAAAAAAUAUAUAUCGUAUUUUCUUACUUUGAUCUUUUUUUCAAUUACAUUAUUUUGUUAUCUCUUGACUUGAUACAAGCGAUUUCUUAAAACAUUGAAAUAUAACUGAAAAUGAACAUAGUAUACAAUAUAUUAAACUAUUUUGCAACCUGAAUAUUUUUCUUAUCAUCUCAAUCAGAUUUCUACCAUCAAACAUUUGAAUGAGAUUCAGUUUGUA